CGUCGCGCCCCACCAUCAUUGAUAUCUCGCGCGCACUGUGGUGGCGUAGAUCUUUCUUCUCAAAUAGUUGAUCAACGUUUUUGUGAAGUUAUUCGGUUUAUUCCUAAAAUAUUGGAAACAUAAAUCAUCAUGUCGACCGGCCUUGGGAAAAGAUUAGAACUGGAAAUGAGAGGGCAGCCUGCCGACCAGAUUGUUGACUUGAAUCUGGACAACUGCAGAGCCAACAAAAUCGAAGGUUUGACCAGCAACUUCACCAACCUACAGACCCUUAGUCUCAUCAACCUCGGUUUACAAAGCUUAGAGAAUUUCCCCAAGCUUGGAAAUUUGAGAAAGUUGGAACUGAGCGACAACAAAAUUGCUGGAGGUUUGGAUUACUUAACAGGCUGCCCAAACAUCACACAUCUCAGUUUGAGUGGGAACAAGAUUAAAGAUUUUGAUGUUUUGGACCCCUUGAAAGACUUGCACUUCCUCAAGAGCUUGGAUCUGUUCAACUGUGAAGUGACCAAUGUGCCCGAAUACAGAGAAAAGGUCUUUGACAAGCUCAAGCAACUGGUCUUCCUUGAUGGUUUUGACAGGGAGGAGAAGGAACAAGAGGAUGUGGAUGGUGAGGAAGAUGAUGAUGAGGAUGAUGACGAAAACGACGUAGAUGAUGAAGAUGAUGAUGACGACGACGAGGAUGAGGUUGGUCUGUCAUACCUGACAAAGAACAUUGAUGACGAUGAGGAAGACGAGGAGGACUAUGAUCCAGAUGAUGUUGAUGAUGAAGAUGCUGAUGAGAAAGUGGUAGAGGGAGAUGAUGAUGAUGAUGAUGACGAUGAUGAAGAUGAGGAUGGAGCUGAAGAUGGAGAAGAUGACGAUGGUGAUGAUGAUGAGGAAGGCGAGGAGGAUGAAGACGCCGAUGAGAGUGCUGCCCGUGGCACCAAGCGGAAGCAUGAAGAGGAAGAAGAGGGAGAUGAGGAUGAUGAUGCGUAGUCGGCAGCUGCUUGUGGACACUGUAAAUGAGUUGUACCUUUGUGUAGUUCGGUGCGUGCGUCAGUGUGUGUUUGUGAGAAGUGGCUGUGUGUGUCAGAGUCUGUUUGAUGUGUGAGAGAGAGAAAGGAUGCAUGUCGGGUGAGGUUCUCAAUAUGCUCACAGGAGGUUUGGUGUGCAAGAAAGUAAGCGAGUCUUGUGGGGUCAGAUCAUAUCUUGAGCACUAUAGCAAGUGUCAGGCCCUUGGGGGGGCACUGAGUAGACAAAAGGUCCAGAACAAUUUGUUUUUGCAGAUAAAAAAAAAUUUCACCUCUCUCUAUUGUAAAUAUCGUAUGCUUUUUGAGGGCUGUAUUGGCUCCAUUUGCUUUUGAUGCGAUGGCUAAUCUACAUCUACGCAUGAUGUAAAGCAAACUGUUCGAUGCUUGUAGUCUGCAAAAAUGCUCCAAUGUUGAGAAUCUCGGGCUUGUCUGUUUUGCAGUAUUCCUGGGUCAUCUUCAGAGGGCAAAAAAAAAAAGUGUUGAGAAAACCAUUUUUGCUUGCGCAAUAAUGGUGUCGACCUAUUUCAGCCUCAUUCUUUUGAACCGCCCCUGCUUCCCACUUGUAUUUCAAGCUACAGCAGUGAUGUUGAAAUUGACACAUUUUUCACUUGUAUGGCAACGACAAAAAUGCUUUGGGAGUUUGGUUUUAUUUUGUUUUUUUGGGGGGGGGGGGGGGGGGGUGAAUGACUAAAAAACAUGCUCGUUUUGUUUUCCCUCAUACACUAGAAUUAUGUUGAGUUUUUUGGAAAUUUUGUUCAAAGGGCGUUUAGCAUUUUAUGCAGGUUUUCCUUUGUUUUUGUCCUGAAAAUAGUAUUUGUCUAUCCAGAUGCAAGUUGAGGCAUUAUUCAUGCAUUGCGUGUUUGUCAUGGGUGGGAUGGGGGUGGGAAUCCCAACUCUGGGUUUGCUUUCGUGUUCAUAGAAGCUGUCUGGAUGAGCAAGCUUAUUCUGAAAGAAUCAUGUUCAUGGAAAUAUUUUCUAUUAGAGCACUUUCCACUUCUCUUUCUCUAUCCUCUGCUUCUUCCCGUGAACUAUUAAUGACAUCAGUAUUUCAAUACAAAUAGUCCCACACAAACCAACUCUCAUGCGCCCAAUGGAGAACUUCCAUGUCGUAAAAUAAAGGUUGAAAUUCUUAACCCGUGUGUUAUAUGUUUGUCCUACCUUUCAUCUAAUCCAGUCCAAACAUCUACAGCAAAUAUUGAAGCGUAGCGUAGCGCUCUCAUAUUUUAGCGUAGGUCUUCAGUGUUCAUGUGCAAGUUUGUCACCAUGAACGUGUGGAUUUGUGCCUGCUCUGCUAGUGCGUGUGUCUGCGAGCGCGACUGAUGUAUGAAAAAGGACGAGAGAGAGAGAGAGUGAAAGAGAGACUGAAUGGGUCAUUCAAAGGGAAACAAGUGCUGCUACCAGUUCAUCAAAUUUUAUAAAAACUUUUUCCUUUUAACUAUUCUUUUGAUCAUCGUCAUAAUUCGCCAUUGUCUCAUAUCAUUAUUCUCAUACCUCUCCUUCCAUGCAAUAAGCAUUCAAAAAGUUUUUCCCCCCAUCUCAUCAUUUCCAUGUUAUUGGACAAAUAAAAAUUCAUUCAUACGAUU